CCGCACGUGCUGUUGGCGCACGAGUGGGUUGCUUUGCGUCUUUGGGCUGAGGUUGGCAAAUUAUUGUGGCGAAGCAGAAGGGAAAACCAGAGAGCAAGUAUUUUGUAAGCGCCUGCCCAGAGAAGCUGGCAGCGCCCGCACUGAACGUUGGCGAAUGCGACCAGGAGAUGCACUAUGCCAAUAGUUGACAAAUUAAAAGAGGCCCUGAAGCCUGGCCGGAAAGACUCGACGGAUGAUGGGGACCUCAGUAAACUGCUUGCAGCUUCUGCCAAGAAGGUACUGCUACAGAAGAUUGAAUUUGAACCAGCUACCAAGGGGUUCAGCUACCAGUUAGAGAGCCUCAAAAGCAAGUAUGUUAUCCUUAACCCGAAACAAGAGGGGGCCACUGGACAGAAGGAAUGUGACCAGAUAGUGGCAAAGAAACAAGAUUUUGAAUAUACAUGUGGUACAGUUAAUGAUGGCAUCCCUGCUCCUCAAAAGAUGCUUUUUCCAGGAAACAAGCUGACCCUUAAAUGGGAACGGGUUUAUCGAGUUGGAGCAGGCCUCCACAACUUGGGGAAUACAUGCUUUCUCAAUGCCACUAUCCAAUGUCUCACAUACACCCCACCGCUUGCGAACUAUCUUUUAUCCAAGGAGCACAGCAGACAAUGUCAGCAAUCUGGGUUUUGUAUGAUUUGUAUCAUGCAAAACCAUUUGACCCAGGCAUUUGCAAACAAUGGCAAUGCAAUCAAGCCAGUUUCCUUCAUCCGAGAUUUGAAAAAAAUUGCAAGGCAUUUUCGCUUUGGCAGUCAAGAAGACGCACAUGAAUUUUUGCGCUAUACAAUUGAUGCAAUGCAGAAAGCCUGCCUCAACGGUUAUGCCAAGCUUGACAGACAGACACAGGCUACAACUUUGGUUCACCAGAUAUUUGGAGGAUACCUCAGGUCAAGAGUUAAGUGUUCAGUAUGUAAAAGUGUUUCUGACACUUAUGACCCCUAUUUGGAUAUUGCUUUAGAAAUCCGGCAAGCUCCAAAUAUUGUUCGGGCUCUAGAACUGUUUGUAAAAGCUGAUGUUCUCAGUGGAGACAAUGCCUACAUGUGUGCAAAGUGCAAAAAGAAGGUUCCAGCAACUAAGCGCUUUACAAUUCAUCGACCUUCAAAUGUCUUGACUUUAUCUCUUAAGAGAUUUGCCAACUUUAGUGGGGGAAAAAUAACAAAGGAUGUUGCUUAUCCAGAAUUCUUGAAUAUCUGUCCAUAUAUGUCUCAAGGUUCUGGUGAUCCUAUCAUGUACGGUUUAUAUGCUGUCCUGGUCCAUUCAGGGUAUAGCUGUCAUGCUGGUCAUUACUACUGUUAUAUCAAGGCCAGUAAUGGACAGUGGUACCAGAUGAAUGAUUCCAUGGUACAUCCUAGCAAUAUCAAAGUUGUCCUUAAUCAACAAGCAUAUGUUUUGUUUUACCUGAGACUGCCAGACACAAAGAAGAAUUUGGAUGGUCUUUGUUGUAAGCCUGGAUCUGUGCCACACAUUAAGAGUUUGCAAACUCCAGAAAUAACGAAAAAAAUCACUCUCAAUGGACCACUGUCUUCACCACAAGUAAUGAAGAAACCUGACUCCUCUUUGUUGAGGAAGACCCAAACCGUGGAUGAAAUUGGUGUUUCAGUUAGUCGAAAUGGCAUCAGCUCAUCUUCAAAAGUACAGUACAGUUCUCAAUCUCCAAGGACACCAUCAAAGUUGUCAAAUUCUCCAGCUGUGAUUGAAGAGUCAUUUAAAAAAGUAAAGAAGACAUCUCCACAGCUGCAAACAAAAAACAGUCUGGGGUCAGCCAUCAAUGGUAAUGGGAACAAGACUGAGAGCGACAAAAGGCAGUCAUCUGAAAGCAGGAACUUGGCCACAUCUACCUCACUGAAGUCUUUGUCUGAAAUGACAUCAGACAGACAGGAUGAAAAGGAUUUGAAUUCUAAUGGAUCUCAGUGGAAGGAAAUUGAUAAUCCACGCACCAUUCUGAAUGGAGAAAACACUUUGAGAAAUAGUCUGAAAGGCCUUCCAGCCUCACCUAGUCUAAGGCUGGAAACAUAUAGUGCCAAUACUGAGGAUCAGAAGAUGGCAAAGUUAAAGCCCCAGGUGCUUACUAACAUCACAUCUGAAACUGCAAGCACGAUGUCACCUCCACCUGCAAAGAAGUUGGCUCUUUCGGCAAAGAAGGACAGCUCCCUCCCGAUGUCGAGCGGCAGUGAGCAUAAAGUCUCCCAACUCCAUCUUCCUAAUGGACCCUUUCAUUCAGCGCAACACCAGCCCCUCACCUACUCAUCUCCUGCACAAAAAGACAGGGGUGUCCCAUUUCAUUCUUCCAAGUCUCCAACAACAUGUGAAUUAAGAUUAGAUUGUCCAUCUUUCUGUAAAAGCCCCAAAAAGUCACUUCUCCCCUUAAUUUCUGAUUCCCUGAACUUAAAACAGCUGCCUUUCUCUCAGCUGGAGAUUAAUGGAUCCUCUAGCUUAGUCUCUAGAAGCACCAGACUGUCUGGCUCAGACUCAUCAGCGGAGCACAUAAAACCAUUAGGUACUGACCUAACUGGUGCCUCUGAGCCAAUAUGGCGUGAUCAUUACAAAAGAAAAAAGAAAAAGCAUAAACGGGGAAAAAAGGGCCAAGAAUAUUGUUUAAAAGAAUCACAUUGUGCGGCAGGGAACAGUGGCGAUGAGUCUGGAGAAGUUCUACACACAGUGAAAAAGAAAAAAAGGAAGCGAAAGCAUGAGGAUGAGGAGUCAGAGGUGGGAGAAAAUCGGAAGGCCAGUGUGCUUUCUCAUCUGGAGCAAGAGAGCCACCGGGGUCAAAUGGAGACAUGCAGCACUUCCACUGGGGGUGACCGUUCAGAGCUGAGCCCUAGUUUGGAUACUGUCUUGAACAGUCCCAUAAGCAAGAAAAAAAAGAAACACAAAAAGAAAUCUAGGAAGAAGCAUGAAGACACACCUGUAUGCAACACUGACAGUCAACCAGAACUGGAAAGUUUUCUUGGGAAUAACUCUCAUAAGGUAAAGAAAAGAAAGAAAAAGAAAAAAAAAUGUCGAGAAAGGGAAGAAGAGAUUAACCAUGGGCAAAAAAGAAAGCAGGAUGAUGAAGAUGAUCCUCUUGAAGCCAUUCCUGUCUGUGAAAAAAACACCAAAGACUCCAGUCACGCAGCAGUGUUUAAUUGGGACAGCCAAAUCCAUGAUGGGUACCAUCGCAAGGCAAACCUUCCCAAUCCAGAGAAGUCAAAUUCAGAGAGUUUGACAUCCAGUCUAGCAUGGGAUGGCAAGAAGGAUUUGAACAUUGUGAAUGAACUUUGCAGACAUUCCAUGGACACUGCUUAUGGCACCCAAGUUCUUACCUGGGAGGGGGAAGUCUCGGCUAUUAGUCAAGAUGCUAUCGAAGAUUCGGCAAUUGCCAGGAAAAAUACUGCAAUUGAUGCCUGGGAUGAGGAAUUUGAUACUGGAACAGUGAAAAAGGUAAAAAAGUUCAAGAGGGAGAAAAGAAGACCCCAUAAUGUUUUCCAGAAUUUUCAAAAUCGGCGUAAUUUCUGGUUAGCAAGUCAUCCUGGUAAAUUUCCCAGUUUUGGCUAUCGAUACUGACUGUAGUGUAUUCAGGCAGUGAAAAUGACACAGGAAAUUGUCUAAAGAAGAAUGUCCCAGCAUUUCAUUGUAGUACAAAGGAAAUUGACCAGGAAAACAUCGUCACUGUUUGUGAGACCUUAUUCAGACCUUCUAAGACCCAUUCAAUGAUGUCAAGGUGUCCUGCCAGUGUAUGAAAAUGUUUAUAAGUUUGGGCUCAAAAAGGAAAGUUAAUUUAAAAAUGGGAGUGGCAUAUUUUUAAUUUUAUUGUUAAUGUAUGUUUUGUUUGCUAAAAAAUAUUCACACAUUAACUCUCAUUGACUGAUGUAAUCUUAGUGGCAAUGUUUGAGGCUGGGCAAACAUCUCGGGAUGGGUAUUGGGGUUAUGCAUUCUGUGCUCCCUUCUGGAAAGGUAGCUUUAAAUGGGG